AUGAGGCGGAGGUCUGGAUUUAUGUAUUGUAUAUUAACGUGGGGUGGAGAAACGUCGUACAAGUAUGAAGUAGGACCGAGUUCAUUGGUCCUAUUAGAUAACAGAGAGGCAUUUGAGGAAGAAAUGAUGAGGUUACAGUGCUUACACUGUUCUGGAUCUCACCGCAUUGUUACUUGGGGUGUCAAUGUUGACAUGCAGUGCUAUAGCCUCUCCCUCUAUUUUGCCGUCCGUCAAUUUGGUCUCAGUGGACACGUUAGAAAAAUUAGUGGCAAUUUCGUGUCAAUGCAAUGUUUGCUGGAGGAGCUUGGAAGUUGCAAGAAGACUCACAUGGUAAUAGUGCGAUGUGUCUUCAAUGGGUUGCCAUCCGACUGUAUCGACGCACUUCAAGUGCUUGAUGCAGUCACGCUGGUAAUAAAGUCUCGUACUUGUCCAACGGAGACGUCUUGGCUUUGCCGUUCGCAUCAAUCGAUUGACUGCAUCAAUUUAAUGUCCCGGUGUGCUGAUGACUGCUGCCAAGCAAACGACGCUUCACUAAUUAAAAUCUAUCUUCAUCUCUUCUCGUUACCACAUAUAAUACGUAGAAUCGGCUUGUUGGUGACACUGUACUCGUAUGAGUUUUUUUGUUACUAUGAUCUGCAACUCCCCGAUUUGAUGAUUCAGUCACAGGAUCCAUCGUUGGACCAUCCGUUGCUGAUGUAUCUGUCAGUUCUGGACCCGCUUCCUCCGAGAUUGUUGUCGUUUGAUAAAUGUCUCCACUGGAUGAAUAUUGCAAAUAUCGCGGCUACAGUAGCUGGAUAA